CUCACGCUACCAGAUCCCACGCGCCGAGGUGCCGCCGCCGAUGAUGCAUGCCGCCCAAUCGCAUGGAUAACUGCUCGCCGCCGUUCGACGGCCACUACCACGAGCAGCCGACCUUUGAGCCCACGGUGAUUAGUAUGAUUCAUCUUUCUCCAGCUCAGGCCGCCAGAAUGGCCCUCAGCCCCAUCCACAUCAAUGACUACCCCUACCUGCUGCAUCUUUCUCCAGCUCAGGCCGCCACAAGGGCCCUCAGCCGCCUCAGCAUCAAUGAAGAUCAACCUCGUCAUGUAGUAGACCUCGUGUAUAAUACUUUUCUUCCAAGUCAGACCCAGCAGCUACCCUUCCAAGAAGGAGUAACCAAGGUGGUAUGCCUCACCCACAUGCUCCAGGGGUCGCACCACCUCCUCGAGCACGAUGAGUUUUAUGACCGCUUUGUGGACAAAGUCAAGGAUCAAGCAUGGGAGUUCGGUCACCUGGUCAAGCUCGUAAUCCCUCGGCCAAAUGUCGAUCCGGCUGGAGUCGGGAAGGUGUUCCUGCAGUAUGCGUGCCUCGGUGGCGCCAAUGUGUGCAAGAUCAUGAUGGAUAGGAGGUGCUGGAAUGGUGACAAGCAAAUCGUUGCCAGGUUCUAUCCGGAGGACAAGUUUGCUGCUGGAGACUACGCCUCUGGACAAUAAAUAGAUCAGUACCCAAAUCAAGUGAGGCGAUCCCUUGUCUUGUUCUGUCAACUACCUGAGUACUCCAUCUUUCCCGAAAUGUAGAGGUACCUUAGUUUUUUCAGAA